UAAAAAGCUCAUUUUAAUACAAAUGUUUAUUAUAUUGAUUUAAUUUAUUCCCUUUGCAAUUCUAUAAACAAUAAAUAUUCAUACCAAACUGCGAUAAAACUGUUAAUGGAUCAUUGUUGCAAAAAUAAUAUGGGAAAAUAGUAGGUGAUGUUGGCAAUGAUGCGAUAUUCACAUAGAUUUAACUCAGUUCAAUAACCGGUUAGUUACGGUAACGGAGGUAGUUUUGUAUUAAUUUUUAAUAUCGAUACAAUUUAAGUAGUUUCCUUCUCAUAUUCAUAUAAUUUUAAAAUGUCCAUGAAUGAUGACGAAAUAGUAAAUGCUGCUGGUCUCAAUGGGGAAAAGGUCAGAAUGAAAGAUAAGGAAUUAGUGAUAAGUAAAAUUAAAAAAAUUAAAGAAGCAGGUAGUAAUAAAUUGCAAAUUAUUACUGAUUUUGACAGAACUGUUAGCAAACAUCAUGACAAUGGAAAACCUACUUUAAGUAGUUAUUGUGUGUUUGAACAAAUUCCAACCCUUCCAUCGGAAUUCACUGAGGGAGCUCAAAACCUAUACAAUAGAUUUAGGGUUAUCGAAGAUGACCCUAACAUGUCCAUUGCUGAUAAAAUUCCUUACAUGGAAGAGUGGUGGAGUUUGAAUGAAAAACUUUUUAUUGGUCUUCCCUAUGAGCCAGAAAAAAUUGCUCAAGCUGUUGUAGAUUCUGGAGUUAAGUUAAGGAAUCAUGCUGAAGAAUGUUUUAAAAUCCUCAAUGAAAAAGGAAUUCCUGUUCUUGUUUUUUCUGCUGGACUUGGACAUGUUGUUACAGCAAUCCUUAAGCAUUAUGAUAUUUUGUAUGACAAUGUGAAAGUAAUAUCCAACUUUUUUAAGGUUGUUGAUGGAACUAUUGUAGAAUUUGAAGGACAACCAAUGAAUGUUUAUAAUAAAAAUCAGCAUGCUAUUGAAAAUUGUGAUUAUUUCAAGGCACUAUCAGAAAAAACAAAUGUGCUAGUGAUGGGAGAUUCACUAGGCGAUUCAAAUAUGGCUGAAGGUGUUCCUGAAGGCGGUACUAUCCUUAAAAUUGGCUUCUUAAGUGUACAUAUUGAUGAUUACCUGCCACAAUACCUUGAUUUAUUCGAUAUAGUUUUGCUUGACGAUCAAACCAUGGACGUUUUCAAAGGAAUAUUAAAAGUUGUAUUGUAAAUAAUAAAUUGAAUAAUUUUUAAAAAUCUUGUUAUUGUUUUUCUUAAGAAUUGAUGACUUAUUAAGAGUGUUUGUUAUUUGAAUAUCAGUCAAGCAUUUAAUACUUGAAAAAUAAAGUUUUUCCUUGAUGGA